CAUCAACAAGGCAACAUCCAACGAAACCAACUUCGUUGAAAAUUUACUUUUUAAACACCUGUACAAAAUACGUAAAACCAAAACAUACCAAAAUGGAAUACACCAGCAAGACCCAGAUCUACCAGAAGGUGAAGAAGCCCCUGCUGGAACGUCAGCGCCGCGCCCGCAUCAACAAGUGCCUGGACACCCUCAAGACACUUGUCGCCGAACUUCGUGGUGACGAUGGCAUCCUUCGCAUGGACAAAGCCGAGAUGCUCGAGUCAGCGGUGAUCUUCAUGCGCCAGCAGAAAGCCGAGAAGAAGGUCGAGGAACCCAAACUCCCCCUGGACAGUUUCAAGAACGGUUACAUGAACGCCGUCAAUGAGGUGUCACGUGUCAUGGCCUCCACACCUGGCAUGAGCGUUGACCUGGGGAAAUCGGUGAUGACACACCUCGGCCGCAUCUACAAGAACCUGCAGCAGUUCCACGAAGCCCAAACCGCAAACGAGAUCCCUGCCCCCGUCUACAUGGACUGCACCUCCGACAAGGCACCCCUCAGUCCCGCCUCCUCUGGAUAUCACAGUGACUGCGACAGCCCUCUGCCCUCUCCGAUGCCCGAGGAAGGCGAGAAACUAUGGCGCCCCUGGUAAAGUGGCAGAGAGAGGAGGAACCCCAACGCAUCUGUGAUAGUCCAACUGUGAUGGCAACAAAA